GCCUUCCUCGUUGUUGACGAUAGCUUCACGGCUGUUGUCUCAGUGGCUCGAUUGCGGGUGUCGAUCUCAGUCGCGCAAAGCAAUCGCCGCUGGCAGAGCAGAGUACGCUGUUGAGCAUUGGUACUGCCGUGACGGAAACGUCCAGGUCUCGAGCUGCUGGGAAGGGAAUAGAGUGUCAUGGCUCGAACACGUCAUGAGAAACAACGCGAACAUAAUGAUGCUCGACGGCGCCGGGUACAGGCCGGCACGACGGUGGCAACACUUGACUGGCAAUGCCCUCUCUGCAGAAAAUGGUUUGCGCGUCAUCACGGCGGCUCGGAGAAGCACUGGACGGCAUGCGAGAAGAACGCCAAGAAGAAACGCGACGUCGAUCGCCUGCGGCGUAAGCUUGCGGCUCAAAGCUCACUUACGCAAGAUGUUGAGGAGCACGAUCUCGAAGAUCAUCCCAUGAGUAGCCCUCGCCCUGCUGUCGACGAAGGGUUGUCUCGGCGAGGCACGGAUGACAUCCGACAAGACCAUCGCUCUGAGCAUGAUGGGCCUUUCCGUCUUGCGUCUCCGGUAGGGAACCCUUCGAUCCCCGAUGUGGUUCGUGCCAUGGACAACAUGUCGCUUGACCGGCCCAACCAACCCUCGGUGUCGUCAGCUCAGACACCGGAUGCACUCGAUCCUGUGUCGGUCCCCCUUGGACAUGGCGAGACACUGAUUGUCUAUCACCCGCACGCCCGUCGUCCAGCUAGCAUCGUCUCGCGGGACGGCCAUGUGAGGCCUGCUGUGCUGGGCUCUAGGCUUCCGGAUCCAGGCGCAGUGUAUGGUUCCGCCCUCGAUGCAGCCCGUCCUGAGGAUGCGGAGGCGCUUCCAUGGGCGCCGUUCCAUACGCGUGCAGACUUUGAGCAGGCCGAGCUGUUUGUCCGCUACCAUUGCACGGACUCCUACAUCAAUCAGCAGCUCCGGCUCAUCCAUCAGAGCUCUGCGAGUACACAGAUCACAUUGAAGAAUGCUGCUGAGAUACAUACGAUAUUGGACAUUGGUCUCCUGACUGUCAAUCUUGACUCUUUCUCCAAGGGGACUCUAACUCUACCCUUUGAAGGGGAAGAUGAUCGUAGCUACGAUUUCCGAUGGCGUGAUGCCAACGAAGUCUUGCUGCAAUCACUGGAGGACAAGGGUACACGUUCGAGUAAGGUUUGGUACCCCGAACAGCAUUAUGUACGCCGUCCAGGAACUGCAAACAACAUGCGAGUCUGGUCAGAGGCACAUACUGCGGACGACUGGUGGGAUCUUCAGAACUCCGUAGGACCAGACCGAGUGGUCAUAUACCUGAUAUUCUACUCGGACGCAACAGCCCUGAAUUCUUUCGGGACUGCCAAGGCGUGGAAUGCCUACGUGUGGAUCGGUAAUAACCCCCGCAGCAUGCGCCUUAGCAACAAGAAAGGUCGUGCAAUCCUCGUCGGGUUUCUUCCAAAGGUUCCUGGCGAGAGAGCAGACAAUUCAAGCCGCCUGGCGGAGCACCGGGUUGAAGUGUAUCAAGCCGCGAUAGCACGGAUCUUUGAGAACUGCAAGCUUGCUGCUCAGUAUGGAACUCCCUUUGAGGCUGAUCCUGACCCAAAGACUGGAGUCUAUUGCCUGGCUGUUGCAGCAAUGGAUUAUGAAGAAGCUGCUCGAGCUGCUGGCAUCUUGGGCUCACAGAGUGAACAUGCUUGCCCAGUAUGCCUAGUGCCUCGUGGCUCUCUUGGUGACCUCUGCAGCAGGGUCUCAUGGCCAAAGCGCACUAAGAAGGGAACUGAGCAGCUCCUCUUAGAGGCAGCCAGUAUGCCAAACAAGACUAGGCAAAAGAAAAAGCUUGGAGAACAAUCGCUGCGCAAUAUCCAAAAUCUUUUCCUGCUCAUCUUUGGAUGGUUUCUCUGCAUAUUCUCUGCAUUCUCUGUGGACCCUUUGCAUCAGAUUGAGCAAGGUGCCUAUGGCCAGCACAUAUGGCCCUGGCUGCUUGAUACAGUUCUCAAUGCAUAUGCACAACAAGACCUUGAUCAGAAUUUCAAGUCCAUUCCUCCCUUCCCCAACAUACCCCAUUUUCAUGGUGGUAUUACCUCCCUGAAGUACAUCACUGCACGUGAACAUAAUGCUAUACUGAGGUAUUUGGCGCCUCGUAUGGCUGGGAUUUCCCCUGUGCAUGAGGCCUUGGUUAUGCCAGUUCUUCGUUCUCUGGCUUGUGUACUCCUUCUCAUCCGCCUGGAGGUUCAGACAGAGGCUACACUGGAGCUAUUGGAAGCCCAGAUUGACAAAUAUGGUGAGGCAUGCAAGGCACUUGAGGAGGCUGGCCUAGGCAUUGCCUUUGGUUGGCCAAAACAACAUUCUUUCAAGCAUGCUGUGGAGUUGCUCAAGCGCAAAGGAGCUGCCAGCAAUGGUUUCACAGACAUGGGCGAGGCCUUGCAUCCAGUCGUGAAGUCAGAUUGGCGUGGUACCAAUCACCAGCCUGACACUGCAGAGGAUCAGAUGUUCCGCAAAGCCCAGGAGCGUGAUGUUAUCAUGCAUAUCCGACACCGAGUAGACCAGCAUGAUGAUGAAACUGACAUCCCAAAGGAUGAGCAUUCCCCCAUCAGGGAUAUACGUCUUGGGUCACCCCAGCGCUCAAUUCAGAUCCAUGCCUUCAGACACAACCUGCACAACAUCAUACCCCCUGAUCGUUUCAAUCAGCAACUUCAGCACUACCUUGGCCAUGUGGCCCAGCUUUCACUUGAGGAUAUCAACCUUGAUGCAUGCCGUGUUGUUCCACACCAUGCUGCACGGAUUCCCUACAUAUGUGAAGUGACAGCACAGGAGAAAGACGACAUCAUUCAUGUUGCUCCAAACUGGCGACACAAGGGUCCACGCCAUGACUGUGUUGUGAUACAGGGGAGGCAAGCUCAGUCACAUUGGUUUGCAAAGGUCAUAUCUCUCUUUACUCUCAAAGUGGGCACUGAGCUCCUUCACCUUGCCUUUGUUGGGAUUUAUGUUGGACUUGGUCGCAACUCACUUACUGACUACCUUGAACUGA